UCAAAUUUUAAAAUUAAAAAAUCAGAUUUUUACACAACAUGACUUCCUUGUGUGGAAGUAGUAACCCACGGUAACCGGCCGGCGGAAGUGACGUCACAGAAAAGGGGCGUGGUCGCCGCCAUCUUGAAUCACGUGACAACCGGAAGUGACGUAGAUGGAAGGAAUGACGUAGACGGAAUGACAUCAUCAAAGUUUCGUUUUUAUGGUGUGUCAACGAUCUUUUCAAAGUUUUUUAUUUUUUGUGGCAACGACACUAUUUUUUAUGUUUGUGGCAACGAACUCUUGAACCACGUGUUUGGAAUGACAUCAUCUAUUUCUUGUUGCGACAUGUUGCUUUACAAAAUGGCGUCUGCCGUAUCACACCUUUGUAUGCCUCCGCUGAGGUGUAUGGAUACUUUUCUGUGAACCAAUCAGAUUCUUUGAAAUAUGACCUCACCGUUUCUUAACCAAUCACCGUUCAGAUGAAAUAAAGAGUUCCUGCCCGAUAUAAGGCUAUCCCGAGCAACGUUCCGCAUUUCUUUCCUGCUGUCGCCUUGAGUGUACGCACAUAUUUUGCUUGGACUAUCAUUGUUAAUUUCAUCAGAUUUUUGUUUCUUCAUCGUUUUAAACAUGAAUCCUGGACAGCCACGAAACCACAUCGCUGCAGAGGUAAGUUAAGUUUUUUUUUUUUCAAAAACAUACUGUUUUUAGAGUUUCAAUCUAUAGGAAAGUUUAUUUUUGAAUUUGCAAUGUGUGCUUAAUUUGCCUUUACUUUUCAGACGGAAAACCUGCCUGAGAAAGAAUCCAUGCCUUUGAAUGAUAAAGUGGAGGACUGCAAUCUUUUUCGAACGCGAGAUAUCCCUUGCACCAAAAGGAAGGCAGAAGAAACAAGCCAUUUCGAGAAAAAACGCAAAGGACUUUUUACUGAAGACACUAUUCCAGAGGAGCUUACUUACAUGGGAAACAAUGUCUUUGUGGGACCCAGCAUUUACAAGGGAAAAGUUACUGUGCACAUUCGAGAGUAUGCUAAAUAUGGCAAAUCGUACUAUCCGACAAGACUAUCCGACAAGACAAGACGUGGAGUGAACUUUGAGCCAUGGUGUUUGAAUGUUCUCGCAACCAACAUGACAGUGGAGGAACCAGACCUGCUGACACUGAAUCUGGAAUUGCCCAAGAAUUUUGUGGUCACGUAUAAAGAUUCUUACUUUACUUUGAAGCAACUUCGACAGGAGAGGCAAAAUGUAGCCUCAGCAUUACGACUGCGCAAUGGGAAGAACUGAUGACCAACUUUAGCCGUAUCAGUGACAUUGUCACCA